AUGUUUAGAAUGCUGAAGUUCCCCGAGAAGAUAAGAUCCCAGAGUGCCCCAGAGAGCAUCCCAGAGUGCCCCAGAGAGCAUCCCAGAGUGCCCCAGAGAGCAUCCCAGAGUGCCCCAGAGAGCAUCCCAGAGUGCCCCAGAGAGCAUCCCAGAGUGCCCCAGAGAGCAUCCCAGAGUGCCCCAGAGAGCAUCCCAGAGUGCCCCAGAGAGCAUCCCAGAGUGCCCCAGAGAGCAUCCCAGAGUGCCCCAGAGAGCAUCCCAGAGUGCCCCAGAGAGCAUCCCAGAGUGCCCCAGAGAGCAUCCCAGAGUGCCCCAGAGAGCAUCCCAGAGUGCCCCAGAGAGCAUCCCAGAGUGCCCCAGAGAGCAUCCCAGAGUGCCCCAGAGAGCAUCCCAGAGUGCCCCAGAGAGCAUCCCAGAGUGCCCCAGAGAGCAUCCCAGAGUGCCCCAGAGAGCAUCCCAGAGUGCCCCAGAGAGCAUCCCAGAGUGCCCCAGAGAGCAUCCCAGAGUGCCCCAGAGAGCAUCCCAGAGUGCCCCAGAGAGCAUCCCAGAGUGCCCCAGAGAGCAUCCCAGAGUGCCCCAGAGAGCAUCCCAGAGUGCCCCAGAGAGCAUCCCAGAGUGCCCCAGAGAGCAUCCCAGAGUGCCCCAGAGAGCAUCCCAGAGUGCCCCAGAGAGCAUCCCAGAGUGCCCCAGAGAGCAUCCCAGAGUGCCCCAGAGAGCAUCCCAGAGUGCCCCAGAGAGCAUCCCAGAGUGCCCCAGAGAGCAUCCCAGAGUGCCCCAGAGAGCAUCCCAGAGUGCCCCAGAGAGCAUCCCAGAGUGCCCCAGAGAGCAUCCCAGAGUGCCCCAGAGAGCAUCCCAGAGUGCCCCAGAGAGCAUCCCAGAGUGCCCCAGAGAGCAUCCCAGAGUGCCCCAGAGAGCUAA